UUCUCCGGGCAAUUCGAUAAAAUCUCUGGAACUUUCACACAUGUAUUCAGAAAUCUCAGCAGUACACUCGUGAAUAAUGAAGCAUAAUUACGUCGUUAGGAGCCUGUCAUCCAUCUUCUAUAGAAUUGGUUACCACAUCGGAUACUGCCCUCAUAUCUACGUUGUAAUGGCGCUUAUAACAUUGAUAACCUUGGGGUUUGGAAUUCAUAAAAUUUCCAUGACAAGGGACAUCGAAUAUCUGUUUACGCCAGACAAUUCGAGGAGCAUAGUGGAAAGGAAAUGGGUGGAAAACAUGUUCCCCGGAAAGAUCCCGACUGCUUACGAAAUGUCUAAGCGUACAAGGUAUGGAAAAUUCGGUUCUAUUAUAAUUGAAUCGAAGAACAAGUCGAGUAUGUUGGAUGACGCGGCCAUGAAAGAUGUGCUGACGUUAGACGGCAUCGUCAGAAACAUUACAUUUUACAUGAAUGACAAGUUUGUGGGAUACAGCGAUCUGUUUCCUAAGGAAUCUGAUACCUUCACUCGAAACAUGAUCUUGUAUUUCAAGAAAAAUGCCAAGAAAAUUAAACAAGGAAAAGUGACUAUUAGGUAUCCUACCAACAGAAGAGAUAACAGCUUUACCGUAUACGCAAUAAACAUCGGAGGAGUACACACAAAAGAUGAAAGAAUUGACGAUUUCAAAUCAUUCCGUUUGUAUUACACAAUGAAAUGCAAAACAAAGGAACAAAAUGAUUUGGCUUCUGCAUGGGAAGAACACUUCGCCCACGUAUUGUCGAAAGUACAUUUAAAAAACAUCAACUUUUACACUCUGACAUCACAUAGUUUAGGUGAUGACAUAACCAGUCCCCCUUACAGCGUUCUGGUGUUGUGUAUUUUCACCCUCUUGACGUCAUUAUACGUUAUACUUUCUUCUUUAUCAUCCGAUGUUAUAACCAGUAAACCUCUUAUGGGUUUAGCAGGAUAUUUAAGUCCCAUAUUUGCGACCACCACAGCAUUUGGAUUAUUGGUGUGGCUCCAGAAAGGUUUCGUUCGACUUAAUUUCAGCAUAUUCUUCCUGAUCUUAGGAAUUGGAAUUAAUGAUUAUUUUGUGCUUCUGGCAAAAUGGAGAAGGACGGAUAGAAAUGAUCACGUGAGGAAGCGUGUGGCCGAUACGUUUUCUGAAGUUGGAAUACCAAUUACCUUAACUUCUUUGGUCAACAUAUUGCUAUUUUCAAUUGGAUUUACGUCUUCUUAUGGAAUGGUCAAGAUAUUCAGCUUGUACAGUGUUGUAUCGAUUGUAUUCAAUUACGUAUAUCAGAUAUUCUUCUUUGGUGGAUGCAUGGCGCUGGAUGGAUACAGAGAAAAGCACAAUCUCCACUGCAUCUUGUUAACUCCCGUUACAACUAAACUGUCAGGUGACAAACGUUUCGAAGAAAGUAAAGAAUAUCACAAAGGCACAUCCGUGAUCAAAAAUUUCAUAGGAAGAUUAUUCGGUAAUUGGUGCGUGAAAUUCUUUUCCGUUCUUAUAUUUCUUUUUUACAUUUCGUGUGCCGUAUAUUUCGUUGCGAAAACCAAAGAAAAUUUCAACUUCCUCAACGUCUUCUCGCGCAGUUCGAAUACUUACAAGUACUUUUCAGCUCAACGUAAAUACUUUUCCGAAUACCCAUAUACGAUUCAAUUAGUUUUAAAUCAGACUCUGGAUUACUCUAAUUCCAACACGCGAAGAAAUAUCAAAGACAUCGUAUCCAACUUACAAUCCUCGCCGCUCAUAUUUAAUUUUUCCAUGUGCUGGUUCAACGAGUACCACAAAUUUAGUACGAACAAUCGCACCGGCUUCCUGUUCGAAAAGUACAACUUGACUGAUCCUAAGGGUUAUCUGGCAGGACUAAAGGAUGUUUUCUUGAAAUUUAAACCGUUCCUUUCGUUUAAUAACGAUAUUUUAUUCAACGAGAAGGGGGAUGAGAUUGUUGCAUCUAGGUGCUUUCUAGUUAGUCAGAACAUAAAAUCUUACGCUGAUGAGAAAUUACUGUUGGAAAGUGUGCGUACAAUAGCCGAUAACUCCAAAUAUUCUGUUUUUGCGUAUAAUAUGUACUUCCCCAUUUACGAACGAAAUUUAUACGUGUCCACAUACGCAACAACAAGCAUCAGUAUUGCUGCAGUAGUCAUCGCCGUGGUGUUUUCCGUGUUUAUACAAGACGUAACGUGCGUAUUACUUGUAAUGUUAACCGUAAUAUGCAUACAAGUGGCCACUGUGGGCUUCGUAACUCUGUGGGGUGUUAGUAUUAAUAUUGUAUCAGUUAUUAUUGUAUUCAUAGGUAUUAGUUUCAGUGUGGAAUUUUUAGCUCACGUAAUUUAUUAUUACAAAAGUUUAUUGGAAAAGGAUGCGGAUGAGAAGAUUAAAACUACAUUGCAUCACGUUGGUUAUGCAGUUGCUCAGGGAUUCCUUUCCAUCGUUCUUAAAGUUUCCAUAUUUUAUUUUAAUCCUAGUUAUAUGUAUCCGACUUGCUUUAAAAUUUUAUUAGUGAUGAUGAUUUUUGCGCUUUACCAUACUUUGGUAUUGAUACCCGUUGCUUUCAGUAUGGCUCAGUGCUUUACUUUGCCAUGGAAGAAACUGCUUCGAAUAAGUGACGAAAGACCCAUAUAAUUUUGAUUGACUCUUAAUGAUUAUUACCUAAUUACAAAUAACGUAAUGCAAUUAGCUAAUUGGUUUAGCGUCUGUCUAUCUAUAUCCAGGCGAUUAAGGCAUUAGCGUACUGUACUGAAGGAUCUGGGUUCGAGUUUCGAGGGGACUAGUGUUAAUUUAUUUCGAUAAUAAUGAAUUUCGGUGUCAACUAGCAAGGAGCUCACGUCGCAUAUUCGAAUAUCAUACUGUAUGUAAGCAUUUAAGAUACCAGUAUUCAAUGCACUUACAUAUAGUAUGACUUCAAAUAUACUACGUGAUUCCCCUUUGCUCUUGGAUACAGAAAAAUCAGGUAUUAAUGAUAGUAACUGAGGUUAUGAACCGAUCAUCAAAUUUGUACGUUGGUAGUUCAGGCGCUAAUGACUACCUUUCUAAUGAAUUUGGGUUAGAAUCUUCAGAAAUUUUCAGGUGGCCUAUGGACAUCAGAUAUAUCUUAUUUUCCAUUGCGUCCUGAAGGAACAGGUGAUGUGCUAUUUAUACUCUUUUUAAACCUACAUGGUAGAGAGUUUAAAAAAUUAUCUUUUGCUUUGUAUUGUAUAUAAACGUAUACAAUUUUAGUAAGUCGAUCAUGUAUAUAUACUGUAUAUAUAAAUAAAAGGCCUCGUCAAUCGGAGCAAUAAAAGUA